AUGCCGUCCCCAAUGAUGACAGCCACGCUACAGGCGGCGUUCCUGUCGACCCUCUCAAAUUUCUGUGCCCAGUUUAUUGAGGCAUACUGGAAUAAUCGUAACUUUUAUUUGGACUUUAUCCAGCUCGCACGGUUCAUUGCAUACACUCUCAUCACUGCUCCGCCAAACUACAUAUGGCAGCAGUUCCUCGAAAAGGCUCUGCCGGCAUAUCCGCCUAUACGUCGGCAGCACAAUCAUGGUGAUAAAGACAUCGAGCUCAGAGCCAUGGAAGAUUCCAUUGGAGAAGGGAUCGAGCGUCAAGACGAUGGACCGGUGCAAUCCAAAUUCAGCAUUCGCAACACACUGGCCAAAUGGUUCAUUGACUGCAUCACUGCCGGAGCUAUUAUGAAUACAGUGGCAUUUUUGGUCGUCAUGGGGAUUUUAAAGGGCCAGCCCGCCAUUCAGAUAGUAUCCAACAUUAAAACUGAAACAAUACCUAUUAUUAUCGCAGGGUACAAAAUUUGGCCAAUCGCUUCAAUUGUUAGCUUUAGCUUCAUUCCCGUGCACCGCCGCAUCGUUUUUCUGAGCUUCAUUGGCCUGUUGUGGGGAAUCUACAUGAGCUUGGUUGCGGCUCGGGUUUAGCUUAAAUGCUUAUCUACAACUUAAUACAUGUACUCCAAAUUAUGUUUGCACAAGACAAUCUAGAUCGGAUACUGAG